CCCAUCAAAUUCUUCUCAUAAUAAAAAUACUCUGUUUUAGUUGGAUUCAUGGCAGCCUAUGCAGCCUUGGUUUCUCUAAUGCAUCUCAUUGAUGACAUCGAAAACCAUCCUUCCCCUCCCAUCUCUCUCGACAAACACCAAACUCGGUCUCUCACUCAAAAUGUUCACUUUCUGCAGGAAUUUCUCCAAGCGUACAAGUCCCCUGUUUCUGACAGCGACGAAGCAGAUCCAUUGGAGAUGCGUAUCGCAGAUGCAGCUUAUGCGGCUGAAGAUGUUAUCGAAUCUCACAUUGUCCGCAAGAUCCAGCUCGAUAGAUCAGCCAAAGCAGCCAAAACCGGAAGCUUCUUCCAUUGCUUUCGAGGUCCAAAGGAUCCCAGAAAUGUCUCAUCAAAUCACGGUGAUGGCGAUGGUGAUGAAGCGGAGAAGUUGUAUCAAGGUGUGCAAAAUGUGGUUGAUGAAAUGGAUCGGAUCAAGAGAGUGGCGAAGGAGGCCAACACUGAGAAGGCGGUGGUGCUUGGUGAUCAAGAUCAACGGCGUAGAUUCGUCUCUUCUUCUUCCACUGGGAAGAAGAGUAGUGGUUUUAUGGUGUUCUCUGAUGAUGUCUUGGACGGGAUCAUGGAAAAGCUCGUGGCGGACGCACCCGGUCGCCAAGUCAUCCCCAUUACUGGUAUGGGUGGAAUAGAUGUAAUGUGUCUAGUGAGAUAUGGAAAAUGCCUCAACUAAGGCACAUUGAGAUGGCAGGGAGAAAAUUUCUUCCGCCAGAUCCUUCGAGUGAUACUGUCGUCAUGGAGAAUCUAGUGGUACUUGAGGGGGCACUUAAUUUCAAGUGUGAUGAAGAGAUGGUUAAGAGAAUUCCCAAUAUUAAGAAAUUGAGGAUACAAUAUUCAGGCUGCAAGGGAAAGGGCUAUGAUGAUUAUUACCGCCUGAGCAAUAUUGAUCGUCUGUGUAAAUUAGAAUCUCUCGAUAUCUUGUGUUGGUUUGAUUUCAGAGGGAAUGCCUCUUUGUAUAAGCUCACAUUUCCCCAAACCCUAAAGAGUUUGAAUCUUCAAAUGGAACUUCACUUAGAAUGGGAGCCGAUGUUGGAAAAGAUAGGUUCGUUGCCCCUUCUUGAGAAGUUGAAGUUGUGGUUUGGAUGCUUUGGAACGGGCAAGUGGGAAAUAUCUGAAGAUCUAUUCCCUUGCCUCAAAUACUUGGGGUUGUUCGGGUGUCAUAGCUUGAAACAUUUGACUACAGAAGCGAACUCCAUUUUUCCAUGCCUUGAGAAGCUUCACCUUUAUUAUUUGAAAGGAUUGGAAAGUAUCCCAUCCGAAAUUGGAUACAUACCGACUCUCCAAAGCAUAGAGAUGAAUCUUCCCAACGAAUCAAUGGUGAAAUGUGCAAAAGAGAUUGUAGAGGAGCAAAUGGAUUUACAAGGAGACAAUCUUCCCUUUCUUAUUAAAGUUUGGCAUCGCAAGAAGAACUUAUCAAUGCAGAGUUUCGCAGGUCCCAACUUCGAAGUUUAUAAAUCUAAUCGCUAGUAAGUAUAUUAGGUUUGAGAUUUAUUUUCUUCACAUUUUCAAUGAAGUAGUAUUGUUGUAUUUGCAAUUGUAAUAGUUUACCUUAUGUUAAAAUAAUCUACAAUGCAUUUA